CGAGGUGCUCAAGAGGUGCCCGAGGUCGUCGCCGGCGCACCCUUCAUGGCGGUCGGGUCGUCGGCGCCCGAGUUCUUCACGGUGAUUCGCCCCGCUCGUGACCGAGUCGGACGAGGGCGUCGGCGACAUCGUCGCCGCGCCGCCGUCUUCAACUCGAUGACCAUCGUCGGCUUGACUGGCAUCUUUGCCGGGCAUCUCGACCAGCAGAGGCGACCACCGAGUGCUACACGGACAUCGCGGACGAGAGUGCGGGCGUUCGCGCUGUCACUGUCACGUCUCGGCCCGUCCUCGACAUCGACCCGACCGCCGUCAUCGCCGCUCCGGUCGACGCGGCGUUCGACCCGGCCAUGUGUGCGCAAGAAGCCCUACGCGGCGCUCUUCGGGCUCGUCCCCGCAUCGAGGACGGGCUCUCAGCUCUCAUGAAGGGCGGCGGGCCGUGUCCGGAGAAGGCCCGCGUCGCCAUCUCCGGCAUGCCGGCAGCCCACUUCACCGUCGCCUCCUCGGUCGCUGCCGCUUCCCUCGCAGUACGAGGUCGGCGUACCGUCUGCGCGUACCUGCUCGAAGGCCUACAACCGCACCGCGGCGGCUUGUCGCAGGCGACCACCGAGUGCUACACGGACAUCGCGGACGAGAGUGCGGGCGUUCGCGCGGUCACUGUCACGUCUCGGCCCGUCCUCGACAUCGACCCGACCGCCGUCAUCGCCGCUCCGGUCGACGCGGCGUUCGACCCGGCCAUGUGUGCGCGAGAAGCCCUACGCGGCGCUCUUCGGGCUCGUCCCCGCAUCGAGGACGGGCUCUCAGCUCUCAUGAAGGGCGGCGGGCCGUGUCCGGAGAAGGCCCGCGUCGCCAUCUCCGGCAUGCCGGCAGCCCACUUUACCAUCGCCUCCUCGGUCGCUGCCGCUUCCCUCGCAGUACGAGGUCGGCGUACCGUCUGCGCGUACCUGCUCGAAGGCCUACAACCGCACCGCGGCGGCUUGUCGCAGGCGACCACCGAGUGCUACACGGACAUCGCGGACGAGAGUGCGGGCGUUCGCGCGGUCACUGUCACGUCUCGGCCCGUCCUCGACAUCGACCCGACCGCCGUCAUCGCCGCUCCA